CGCGCGCUGCCCGACGUACCUACGUGUAUUGUAUGGAAAUAAAUAAUUGGCCCCCGUAUUCUUCUUUUGACGAGCUCUCCGGCGGGUCCAUUAUGUCCGUUUGAGCGUGAGCAGUGGCAUUCGGACGCCACUGGCGACGUCCCCGGUCGCCUGCGUCGCGCUCCACGCAACACCACGACAAUAUGAACACCUCCGAUCGAGAUGGGUAUCUGCGCAACUGUACGCCGCCGGCCAUUGACGACUUCCCCUCUGGGCUCUUCACGGAGCUGCAGCGGCAGCAUGGCGCCAUCGUGGUCCACGCUCUCCUCUCGCUGUACCUCUUCAUCGCUCUCGCCGUGGUCUGCGACAAGUUCUUCGUGCCCGCCGUCGACAGGAUAUGUCAUGCGCUGAACAUGACGAACGACGUGGCGGGAGCCACCUUCAUGGCGGCGGCGACGUCUGCGCCGGAGUUGUUCGUGAACGUGAUCGGCACGUUCAUCACCGAGGGCGACAUCGGCGUCGGCACCAUCGUCGGCUCCGCGGUGUUCAACAUCCUAGCGGUGGCGGCGUGCUGCGGGAUUGGCGCGGGAAUGGUAGUACCGCUGGAUUGGUGGCCGCUCACGAGGGACUGCCUCGCGUACGGCAUCACGGUCUCGAUACUUAUCUGCAUCAUGCACGACGAAUACGUGCAGUGGUACGAGGCCUUCCUCCUCGUGUCCCUCUAUGGGGUCUACAUAUGCGUCAUGUACUACGACAAGUCAAUUCAAAACUUUGCUAAAGGGAGUUGGAAAUGUGUGGCCAGAAUGUUUAAAAAUCAGGAUGAGAAGCAAGACGCCGCUACAACUACAGAUAAUGAAGUGAAAGAUGUUAAACCUCCUUCAACUACAAAUAAAGAUGAUGUACCUAUGGAGCAUCAUCAACAUAACGGAAAUAUAAAAGCUGCAUUACCUCUUUACCCAGAUGUAAAUGAAAAAAGUGGUGAUACGUUGCGAACCGAGAAGGUCAGUGAUGAUGAGAGGAACAAAAUCGUUGACAUAGAAGUCGAACACAAAAGCAAUGACGUGGAAAUUGCUUGUACUGAAGAAAAUACUGGCCAGCAAAAUCUGGAAGUGGGAGAUAAAGACCCUGUAGAUGAGUAUGAACACUCCCUCUGGAAAUGGCCGAGCGGCAGGAGUUGUAUUACCAAGACUACUUGGAUCGUUACUUGGCCAAUUCACUUAGUAUUUUUGUUUACAAUUCCUGAUUGUGAAAAACCUCGUUUCAAGAACUGGUUCCCACUGACUUUCAUUAUGUGUAUCGUUUGGAUAGGGUCAUUAUCCUACAUAGUAGCUUGGAUGAUAACGAUAAUUGGGGAUACGUUAAUGAUACCAGACUCAGUAAUGGGCAUUACUUUCUUGGCUGCCGGGACCUCUGUUCCUGAAGCUGUUUCUAGCGUAAUAGUCGCCAAACAGGGACAUGGCUCGAUGGGAAUAAGUAAUUCAAUUGGAUCAAACACAUUUGACAUAUUAUUAUGUCUUGGGCUCCCGUGGUUAAUCAAAGCGUCACUCACACCAGCAGAACCGGGACAUUAUUGGGUGAAGAUAAACUCGAUGGGUCUGGAGUACUCAGCGAUAUCGCUGCUGUCGACGCUGCUGCUGCUGUACCUGACGUUCUGGUUCAACAAGUUCAAGCUGGACGCGGCGGUGGGGCGCGCGUGCCUGGCCAUGUACGCCAUGUUCCUGGUGCUGGCCACGCUCAUCGAGCUCAACGUGUUCUUCCCCGUCAACAUGCGCACGUGCCGGCGCACGGAGCUCAACUAGCUCACCAGUGCCGGACGCUAACAGAACUGUGCAGAACUAUUGUGCCUCACCGGCCAUGUCCAGAGUGCGAGCUGACGAGUGAGCAGAACAGUUGCACGGAUAGAAACACCGUUUUUUAUUUACAGCCAACUGUUCGUGACGAAUUUUCUUUAUUUUAUUUCGUUUUAAUCAUACGUGAGCUAUUUUUUAUUAGAGUUAUUGAAAUCAACACAGUUGAAGCUCUUAUUUUUGGUAGUUUAGAGGUUUCUAGAGUGUUAUGUUUAAUCUGUACCGUUCGCUGAAAGUUUAAUUAGUACAAAAGGAACCCGGAAAAUAUUACAUUUCUGUUUACGUAAGUAAUAAUUGAAUCUCUAAUAAAAUCUCAAGUUUAGUGAAGCAAGAAAUACAUAAGUAAAUGAAAGUA